GUAAAAUGGGCUGCAAGUAUAAGUUCCCAGCUGUUCCCAGGUACUGAUGACCUUGUGAACCCUUUGGCCCUACUCUUGCUCUCAAAUUUGGCAUGCUCUGGUCCUUCCUCCUCUUUCUGGGCGCUGCCCCGCCCCUUGGUGUCUUCGCUAACCCACUCGCGACCAAACGCUGGAGUGAUCUUGUCGAGAAACAUUCUUGGGCGGAGAUCCCUCGCGGAUGGGAGUACGUCCGUUCACCUGAUCCAGAACAUAUCCUUGAAAUGCGCAUCGGCCUCAAGCAAAACAAGAUUAAUGAGCUGAUCAGCAGUUUAUAUCAAAUCAGUGACCCCAAACACGAUCGCUACGGAAAACAUUUGUCAAAGCAGGAAGCUGACGCUCUGGUGGCUCCUCAUCCCGACUCUGCUGAAGCGGUUGAGUCUUGGCUUUCUGAUCAUGGCUUCAAGACCGACGAUAUCACCUUCCGUUCUGGAGGAGGAGAAUGGAUCGUCAUUCCGAUGACUGUUUCUCAGGCGGAGGCCAUGCUAGGGGCAAAAUAUGAGUUAUACCGACAUUCUCUCUCGUCGUCUUAUGUUGUCAGGACCUUGAGUUAUUCGCUACCCCGUGAACUGCACAAUCACAUAAAUAUGGUGUCACCUACGACCUACUUUGGUACUCUACGCAGCAUGAAGGCCACGCAUUUCAUCCAAUCUAACAGUUUCGGAGAAGAAAAGGGUUUCACUCUGUCACCCGAAGCAGUGCCUCCAAGUAGUUGUGCCACGCAGAUUACUCCGGCCUGCUUAAAAGUGCUUUAUAACACUUCAGGUUAUGUCCCGCAAGCCACCGAUGUCAAUGUACUCGGCAUUGCUGGCUAUUUGGAUGAGUUUGCAAAUCGUGCGGAUUUGCAGACUUUCUUUACUGCAUUCCUACCGGAGGCAGUUGGGACCUCGUUUGACACCAUAACAGUUAACAAUGGUGGAGACAACCAAAGUGACCCUGGUGUUGAGGCGAAUCUAGACAUUCAAUACACAGAAGGAAUGUCAUUUCCUACGCCAAAUAUUUAUUACAGUACGGGAGGAUCGCCGCCCUUCAAUCCUGAUUCCGAGACUCCCACGGACACCAAUGAGCCAUAUCUCGAUUGGUUGAACUUUGUGCUUUCCCAAGACACAAUUCCUCAGACGAUCACCACAUCCUAUGGUGACGAUGAACAAACGGUUCCCAACGAUUUCGCAGUUAGCGUAUGCAAUUUAUUUGCGGAACUUGGUGUUAGAGGCACUACGGUUCUCUUUUCUAGCGGGGACCUCGGCGUUGGCGGCGGGGACUGUCUAACCAACGAUGGUACUGAUACUGUGUUGUUCCAGCCCGAUUUCCCAGCAAGCUGUCCAUUUGUGACUGCUGUUGGUGGCACCGUUGGUAUCAAUCCCGAAGUCGCAGUUGACUUCUCGGGCGGUGGAUUUUCUCGGUAUUUCCCAACACCAGACUAUCAAGUCGAAGCUGUGAACAGCUUUUUGGAAGGACUGGGUGACACAUUUUCGGGCCUUUUCAAUUCCAGUGGACGCGCAUACCCCGAUGUCGCAGCGCAAAGUGAGAACUUCAUUGUGAUCAUCGGUGGGGAGGCUUUUUUAGUCGGCGGAACCAGCGCAAGCUCGCCGACUACAGCAGGUGUAAUUUCGCUGUUGAACGACUUCCGUCUAUCAAACGGUCAGAGCUCGCUGGGAUUUAUUAAUCCGUUGAUCUACGCCAACCCAGGGGGAUUCAAUGAUAUUGUAUCUGGAAGUAAUCCAGGAUGCGGAACUCAAGGAUUUUCUGCUGGGAUAGGUUGGGAUCCGGUGACCGGUCUUGGUACUCCGGACUUUUUGAAGCUUCAAGCCAUUGUUUCGGCGUGAGUUUAGAUCGUGGAUUUCGCAUAAAUAUGGAAAGAACGUAUCUUCGCAUCUUCGCCACCUUAUCGAUUCCUUGUACAGUGAGAAUGGGUAUGCUUUGCAAAUCCAACCGUCAAGUAGGCCAAGAGACGAUGUUUAAAUCUUGUAUGCAAGUGCAAAAAAUGCUGUCUUCCCCUGAACGUCAAUAUGGC